AUGGCUGAUCCAAAAUCAAGAGCUUAUCCUCUGGCUGACGCCAAGCUUACGAAUACUUUAUUGGAGCUUGUACAACAAGCACAAAACUAUUCGCAGCUUAAAAAAGGUGCGAAUGAGACUACAAAGUCGCUAAAUAGAGGGCAAGCGGAAUUGAUUAUUUUGACAGCUGACACUGAGCCUUUGGAAAUUAUUUUGCAUCUUCCAUUGUUAGCGGAGGAUAAGAAUGUUCCUUAUGUUUUUAUUAAAAGCAAAGCUGCUUUGGGUAGGGCUUGUGGGGUUUCUAGACCUGUCAUUUCUUGCGCGAUUACUAUUAACAAGAGUUCACCGUUGAAGCCAAGCAUUGAUGAGGCAAAGGAUACGGUGGAACAGCUAUUAAUUUAA